AUGCGGCAUACUGAGGAGCGAACUGGAGGGGCUGCACAGCGCCUCCUCAGCGUGACUUGCGAUGCCUUCGUGAGGCUGGCGCCUGAUCUUUCGAUUUUCGAGCCUUCCCGGAGCUUGUCCGAUCUGCUGAUGUGCGGAUUCGGCUCAAGCAUAGCUGCGAACCCCUUGGAUGGCGUCCCGAUCAUGCGGUACAUCAACGAAGCGGACCAUCAGCGAUUCAUGGACUUUAUCAAGGAAUCGUCCAACGAAACGAACCCUGCCAGAUCUUUGCAUGUCGGGAUGAAGGACUCUGGGGGUGUCGUCUUCAAUGUCGAGCUCUUCCACGUUGCGGUUCCUGGUCUCAGGACUGAGGAACACGAGCACUUGAUCGGAAUCACGCAGGAGUCAUGCACAGACAGGCUUGAGCGCUGCGAGGCCUCCGAAUUCGACCGUGGCCUGGAGAGGCUGGAUACGACAUCCAUUCCCUUGCAGGCUGGUCUUGACGAUAUGCGACACAUCCUUGGGUACAAACUCCAGCACGGAUGCGGGAGCGUUCCAAGCAGACAUUCGAGGUCUUCGGGAAGCCACAGCACUGGUCGCACAGACAAUCUGACGCGACUGCGAAACCUGGAGAAAGUCAGCAUUGUCGUUGAUGUGCAGAGACUUGGUCCUAGUGAAGUGUUGCGGGGAAGCCUGCAGGACGGGGAGUCAAGUGGGUUCGGCUAG